AUGAAUCGUCUUGCACCAUUAUCAGAAGAGCCCUUGAACGAAGAAGAUUCAGCUACAAAUUGGUCAAAGAAGGCACAAACAUGGCGAAACUGGCUCAAGAACCACUUCCCUCUUCUCUUCAACAAGAAAUCUGACCUCAAGAUUCUUUUAAGUGUUAUGGGUUGCCCACUUUUUCCUGUUUCUGUUCAUCCAAAACAACCCUGUACUGAAGUAUCUUCUUCUGCACAAUACAUAAUACAACACUUUACAGCUGCAACCGGCUGCCGGAAGCUAGAGGGAGUCAUAAAGAACAUGUACGCUACCGGAAAAGUUACGAUGGUGAUGGUGGACGAGCUCGGGUCGACCAGCAAGCCCGGUAGACCUAAUGGCAUGUCACAGAAUGGUUGCUUUGUGAUGUGGCAAAUGGUACCUAAUAAGUGGUUAAUUGAACUAGUUGUGGGUGGUCAUAAAGUUGCUGCAGGUAGUGAUGGCAAUGUGGCUUGGAGGCACACUCCUUGGCUAGGUGCUCAUGCAGCUAAAGGCGGUGUCCGCCCUCUUCGACGGGCAAUUCAGGGAUUAGAUCCUGUGACUAUAUCAGCUGUAUUCUCUACAGCACAAUACAUGGGAGAAAAGCGAAUAUCCGGCCUCGAUUGCUUCGUGUUAAAAUUAUCAGCUGAUCAUACGGACCUAUUGGAACGCAGUGACAACACAGCAGAGAUGAUCAAGCACGUUUUGUUUGGUUACUUCAGUCAAAGAAGUGGAUUGCUGGUGUAUUUAGAAGACUCUUACUUAACCAGAAUUCAGUCACCUGGUUCUCGCCCCACGUACUGGGAAACAUCAAUGGGUACAAAAGUCGAGGACUAUCGGAUUGUAGAGGGCAUGAUGAUCGCUCAUUCAGGUCAAUCCAAUGUUAUCAUCACACAAUUCGGAGACAAUUCGAAAGCAGGGCCUGCGAUAACACGGAUGGAGGAGACGUAUACAAUUGAUGAUUUAGCAGUUAAUGUCCCUGGCCUUUCUAUUGACUCCUUUAUUCCUCCAGAAGAAGUGCAAAAAGACUAUCCUCAAGAAAAUCUUGAUUGGAGAUCUCCAUUACAUACAUAA